AUGACAAACAUCAUCUCAACCACCAUCCAUGCUGCGAUCAGUAGGCAGCUUAAGCAGUUUAUUGAAAUGCUUAUCGCCGAUGAGUCAACCUACCUUCUUCACAUUAAUGAUCUUCAACUUGAAGUACCUGAAAGUGAAUCCGUCUUGGACGCGAUCUAUGAGCGUUUAGAAGAACAACAUAGGUUACAGUUGGAUAGCCUACGUCAAGUCCAUGAUAAAAUGCAACGUGAAUGUGAACAGUUACGCGACUGGAUUACGACCCACAAGCAACUCUUAGGCCAGUACACUGCAGGUACUCCUUCUCGUGAUCAAACCAAGACUUUGAGAGAAAACUUGAAUGAAUUGCACGCUGAGUAUAAAGUAUUGGAAAAAGAAUACAAUGAAAAGAGACUCUAUGUUGAUAGCCUCAAGUCUCAAAUCUCUAACUUUUACGAAACACUUCAGGGUUUCGCCAAGAUUGAUCUCGUUGCAUUGGUGGGCAACGACGUGUCUGUCGCUGCCAUUAGUGACCUUGAACAAGAAGUCAAGCGCUGCCAAAACGAGUAUGAUGACCGCCUCGUUUCUACCACGCAACUUGCCAUGCUUUUAGUGAACCUGCUGAAAGAGGUGGAGCCUUUGACCAAGACAAGUACCGAUGAACGUGCCCUGAAGGUCAACUCUCAAACGCAUUUUAGUGAUGUCAAGUUGCUCACCAAAGAAGAAGAAGCAAGUUUCGAGUCUCGCAUUCAAGACCUAGACAAGGUCAAGCAGCACCACGAGUCAAGAAUCAGGCAGAUCAAAGAAGAAGUCGUUCAUAUCAUGAACAGAAUCAAUAUCGAACCUGCUGAACAAGAACAAGUCGUCAAGCAACUCUCUUCUGGCUGCUCUUAUGCCCAUGCUGAAAAGGCUGAACACAUCUUGCAAAAAUAUGUCCAGCUCAAGAAGGACAAAUUAGGUGAAUUCAUCGAAAAUGCCAAGAAGGUCUUGCACGAAACUUGGGAUCUCAUGUUCAUCACAGAAGCCCAACGUCGAUUGUGUACUGCUGCCUACAGUGAUGACGUCUCUGAAGCCAUCCUCGCUGCCAUCGAGAAGAAAACAAAAGAAGUCAAGGAAGAAUACCAAAAGUAUGCUCCUCUCUAUGAACUCGUCAGAAAGUAUAAAAAGUUGAAAGAAGACUUCAAGGAAUUCGAAGCCAUGACCAAAGAUUCCUCCCGCUUACUGAACAAGAGAACAAGAGGUGACCCUGGUCGUUUACUCAGAGAAGAAAGAACCCGUAAACGUUUCAAUACCGAGAUUCCAAAGGUCGAGCGUGAAUUGGAGGCUCUCUUACUGGAAUACGAAGGCUGCCAUGGUUGUGACUUCUACAUUGGCGAAACGCCUUACUUGACCGAGGUGAUCUAUAAAAAUGCUCCUCCUCCCACAGGCCAUCGCUUGUAUCCUAAACCUGCCUCAUCCUCCAAAAGACCCCAAGCAUCCUCCUCCUCUUCCCAAGCCUCCUCGUCUACUGCAAACCCAUCGGCCGCCAAGAAACGUCAUCAUGAGGAAGAAAAUCCAACAGAAGCCAUGUCCAAAGGUCCCUCUCCGCCGGCUUCUUCGCAAACCUCCACCGUGAAGCCACACAUCGUCAAGCGUCCACGCAUCGAUAAACCCACAGAGAGCCAACCAAGGAGACCUUCACAACCGUCCUCCUCUUCGCAAGCUUCUUCCUCUUCGCAAGCCUCUUUGCAAACUUUCACAGGGAAGCCACACCUCUUCAAGCGUCCAUCCGUCGAUAAACCAACCCAUAGCCAAUCAAGGAAACCAUCACAGCCAUCCUCCUCUUCGCAAGCUUCUUCCUCUUCGCAAGCCUCUUUGAAAACAUCCAAAGUGAAGCCACACGUUUUCAAGCGUCCAUACGAUAAGCCAACCCAUAGCCAACCAAGGAGACCAUCACAGCCGUCCUCCUCUUCGCAAGGUUCUUCCUCUUCGCAAGCCUCUUCCUCUUCCUCUUCGCAAGCCUCUUCCUCUUCGCAAACCUCUUCGUCUACAGUCAAAUAA